AUGACUCUCCAGGAUGACUUUGAUGGUGCUGCAGAAGAUGUAAAAAAAUUGAAAACAAGACCAACUGAUGACGAACUGAAGGAACUAUAUGGAUUCUACAAACAGGCUACUGUUGGAGAUAUUAAUAUUGAAUGUCCAGGAAUGCUAGAUUUGAAAGGCAAAGCCAAAUGGGAGGCAUGGAACCUGAAAAAAGGUCUAUCAAAGGAGGAUGCCAUGAAUGCCUAUAUCUCUAAAGCAAAAGCAAUGGUAGAAAAAUACGGGAUCUAGAAUACUCAAAAUAAUUCCCACUAAUAACUAACUCUUCAGUAGCUAAUGAACUAACUGUUGAGAAAAAUGCAAUACUAACUAACUCCUUUAUUGUAUAGUCUGACAGUGAAAUCUUUUAAACAUAAGCUGACUGUAAAGGCUAUUUACAUACAAAUCUAUUUUUAGAUUGUAUCUUAUUCUAAAUAAAUUUGAACCUAAUAAAU